GAGUUUCCGGAAGGGUUCUUCACGAAGCAGGAGAGCACAGACGGAGGCAUAGUAAUCUACUUCCUCAUCAUCCUCUACAUGUUCAUGGCAGUGUCUAUCGUCUGUGACAAGUACUUCUUGCCCUCCCUGGAAAUCAUCAGUGACUCCCUUGGACUGUCGCAGGAUGUUGCAGGUGCAACUUUCAUGGCAGCAGGUAGCUCCGCCCCCGAACUAGUUACAGCCUUCUUGGGUGUAUUUCUCACAAAGGGAGAUAUUGGCAUCAGCACCAUUCUAGGAUCUGCCAUUUACAACCUCCUUGGCAUCUGUGCGGCCUGUGGCUUGUUAUCCCACACGGUUUCAACACUCUCAUGCUGGCCCCUGUUCCGAGACUGUGCAGUGUACGCAGUUAGUGUAGGAGCGGUUUUUGGCAUAAUAUUUGACAACCAAGUUUACUGGUAUGAAGGAGCGCUGCUGCUGCUCAUUUACGGGCUCUACGUUUUACUGCUGUGCUUCGACACUAAGAUCAGCCGCUAUGUCAUGGAGAAGUGCGGUCCCUGCUGCCCCUGCCUUGCCAGAGUUAUGGAGAGAAGUGAACAGCAGACACUGCUGGGAUGGGAAGAUGAGAGCCAGCUCUUCACUCGCCGCCAAUCAAGGACAGACAGUGGAAUAUUUCAGGAAGACUCUGGCCACUCCCAACUUUCUCUAGGUUUACAUGGUCUUAGUCCUAUUUCUGAAGAUCCACCAAGUAUUUUCAGCAUGCCUGAAGCAGACUUAAAAAGAAUUUUUUGGGUACUCUCUCUUCCUAUUAUUACAUUACUUUUUCUGACAACACCAGAUUGCAGAAGAAAGUUUUGGAAAAAAUACUUUGUGAUAACCUUUUUCAUGUCUGCACUAUGGAUAUCUGCAUUCACAUACAUCCUGGUUUGGAUGGUCACAGUAACAGGGGAACUAUUAGGAAUCCCAGACACGGUAAUGGGCCUUACUUUAUUGGCAGCAGGUACAAGCAUACCAGACACAGUCACCAGCGUGUUAGUUGCAAGAAAAGGUAAAGGAGACAUGGCUAUAUCUAACAUCGUGGGAUCCAAUGUGUUUGAUAUGCUAUGCCUAGGUCUUCCCUGGUUUAUUAAGACUGCAUUUACCAAUGCAUCUGCUCCUGUGCAAGUGAAUAGCAAGGGCCUCACUUACAUAACCAUCUCUCUCAACACUUCAAUUAUUUUUUUGUUCUUAGCAGUUCAUUUUAAUGGCUGGAAACUAGACAGAAAGUUGGGGGUGGUCUGCCUAGUGUUAUACUUAGGACUUGCUACCUUAUCAGUUCUCUAUGAACUUGGAAUUAUUGGAAGUAACAGAAUAAGGGGCUGUGGAAUUUGAUACUUUUAAUAGUGUUAUGAGGGAAAGGUGGAAAUGGUAGAGGGACAAAAAAGGAAAAAAAAAGAAAAAGAAAAAUCAGGUCUUCAUUUAGGUCAAAUAAGAAACAUCCUCAACUUUAGAAUGUAAUACUUAAUUACUAUUCUUUAAAAGCAGAGAAAAGUAAUUUAAACCAAACCAAAAUCAUAUCCUAAUUUGUCUGAGCCCUUUCUUUUCAUUAACAAUUAGAUACAAAGCAGAGAUUUUUUUUUUUGGGGGGGGGUGAGGGGGAUGUCAACUUACAAUAAGAUUGGGGAAAUUAGAACAAACAAACCCUA